UAUGGAAGAACUGCUGCGCCGCGGGAAAUCCUUCUCUAUACAAGUUCUCGUACGAGGUUUUUGAACAGAACUUCGAUAGGCGAGAGGUGUAAGCACCGCGAGGUGUGAAGCGAUCUCGUACUAAACGAAUGGAACUUUCCAACCUUCGAGAAAAGGUCCCAUCCUUCAAUAUCAUGAUUGGGUCAACCAGGCCAGAUCAUAAGUGAAAUAGUUUGAUCGGGUCGACCAGGUCAGGCCCGAUCAUGAGAAUCUCUUGUUUAAGCAAUGACAGUCUCUAUUAACAUGCUUUUUCUAAGUAGUAUCUUCUUUAUACCGUGCCUACAGGGUGUCAUUUAUUUGAUGGAAUCGUCCGGCCAGAAACGGGGAAGAAUCUCUUCUGUCGUAGAGGCCUCGUCGAGUGCUCCCACUCCGCCAAAAAAAGAAUAUGAUAUAAAAAAGAUAAGCGGAGAAAAGUGUCCCACCAAGACGCCGAUGAAAGACUUUGCAACGAAUUCAGCAAGUGUAUCAUUGAUGAAGAGCUCGUCAAACUAUCGAAAGAUAUGUUCUAAGAGUACAUACCACACCUCUGGGCGCCCGGGCCGACCGACAGGCUGAGGGCAAUGGAGACAAUCCGUUCCGUAUAGAACAAAGGCGGUGAUCCAUUCUAAAAAAGGGAGGAAGAGAGAGAUCUCUCGUUAGGUCUUGGUGAUGACCGCCGGAGGGGGAGUACGAGAAGGCGGACAUCUGGCUGCUAUCAGUCGGCUGGCGAGCCUAACCCUACGGGGUCAGGAGGCCGAUACUGUAGUAGUCGCUCCCUGCUAUGAUCCCUCCUGCCGAGAAGGGUGGAAGGACAGGGGAGCACGCCAACGUCUCGAUCAAUAGGAAGAAAAGGGAGUCUUUUUUUUCCUAUUCCUAUUUAUUAGAAGGAAAUCUAUGAUAUAAUAAUAUAGGGAGGGAGUCUUUUUCUGUCUUGAGGGUUUUAUUUGAAAUCAAAAUCGAAAUGCCUCAACUUGAUAAAUUGACUUAUUUCUCACAAUUCUUCUGGUUAUGCCUUCUCCUCUUUACUUUUUAUAUUCUUUUUUUUAAUAAUAAUAAUGGAAUACUUGGAAUUAGCAGAAUUCUCAAACUACGGAACCAACUGCUUUCGCACCGGGGGAACAAGAUCCGGAGCAAGGACCCUAAGAAUUUGGAAGAUAUCUCGAGAAAAGGUUUUAGCACCGGUCUCUCAUAUAUAAACUCCUGUUUAUCCGAAGUAUCCCAAUGGUGUAAGACCGUCGACUAUUUUAGAAAAAGGAGGAAAAUCACUCUGAUCCCUAAUUUCGGAGAAAUAAGUGGCUCACGAGGAAUGGAGAGACAGAUUCUCCAUUUGAUCUCGAAGUCCUCAUAUAACACUUCUUCCAGUCGGAUCACUUGUAGGAAAAACAUAAUGCUCACACAUGUUCCACACGGGCAAGGAAGCAUAACGGAAGAAAGAAAGAUGGAACCAGAUUUAAUGGCAGAGAAAAUAGCCAAGCUGCGCCCCCCAUUCCCAGGGAGGCCGCUGGGAACUAUGCCAAUUCGUUCUUUUGCCGCUUCAGCAGACGAUCCACAGGAAUCAGCGGCAACCCGGGCAGACCCCGCUUCGCCGCCAAAAAGCGAAGCGACUGUGCCACUGUCUCCCCGGGAUGAGGCGCCGGGGUCUCCUUACUCCGAACCUUGUGUUAAUAACGAGGACGCAGUUUCGGACGAUCCGAACAGCGUUCAAGCCAUUAUUGAACAAGACGAAGUUUCGGACGAUCCGAACAGCGUUCAAGCCAUUAUUGAACAAGACGAAGUUUCAGACGAUCCGAAUAGCAUUAAUAACGAGGUCAAGGAUAAGGGGGAAGUAGGAACCUCCGAAGGCCCGCCCGAGUCAAAGAAGCCUAAGAGGGAAGAAAGUGAUUCUGAUUCCGGGGGGGAAUCGGGGGAUGAUGGGGGUGACCCCUCCGGAACUCCAGGUCUAACUCUCUUGGACUUAUUCAAGUAAUUUCAUUA